AUGAGCGCCCUAUCCUGCCCCAUAGAUCCAGCCUGCCCCAUAGAUUUAUCCUAUAGAUCCACCCUGCCCCAUAGCGCCCUGUACCACAUCGCCCAGAGAGACCCCCCGGCCCUAAAGCACCCCCAGGAGUGGUCGGAGGAAUUUCGGGAUUUCGUCUCUCGGUGUCUCCGGAAGCUUCCGCAGGAACGGCCCCGAGCGCGGGAGCUGCUGCAGCACGCCUUCCUGGCUCAGCAGCGCCCCCCAGGGGUCGUCCCGGAGCUGCUGCGCAGAACCAAGAUGGCCGCCAGGGAGGAGGACCCCCCCAGCCCCUCCCCCAGCGUUCCCAGUUCUCCCAGUAGCUCCAGUGACCCCCCCAGUCCGGGGGACCCCGAGGACGACGCCGAGGGGGGGGAGGGGCCCCCGGGGACCCCCCCGCAGGUUCCGGAGCGGCCGCGGGCGGAACGUUCUGGAAAGAUCCCGAAAUUCCCGGAGCUGCUCUGGGCCCCCCUUUGGGGGGGAGGGGCCCCAAAAUUCCCGAUUUUCUGAAUUUGGGGAACCCCAAAACCGCCGGAUUUUGCCCCAAAUUUGGGAUUUUCCUGAGGGGGGAAAAAAAAAUCCCCAAAAUUGGGAAAAAAAAAAAACCCCAAAUUUUAACUUCGGAGGGAAAAAAAUCUCUCAAGCCCCCCCCUCAUUAAUCGGGGGCGUUAAUUGCGCUCAUUAAUGGCGUGAAUAAUAAACAGGACGCUGGUGACGUCAUUGGCUCCGC